UAAAGCAACAGAGUUGAUUUAAUGAGUUGAAGGAUCAGAAGUUAAACCAGCAGGUUUACAUUCAGAGCGGCAGGAACGAACUGAGAGCGUCCGAAGCUUUUAUUUUGAAGCUGCUUUGACCGGAAGCAGGGCUCAUCCUGUCGCUCCUGCUUUGGAUCCUCCGACCUGGAUUCAGCCAUAUUCCCAGAGCUUAGCCACACCGGCAGCCGCCUCGAACGGACCCGAAACCCGCCGUUUAUCCCCGGGAAGCUGCUGCUCGGUUCCGACGGACCUUCUAAAGUCCAGACGGUUCCGGUUCGGACCCGCUGGACCUGCUCCCGGGCUCACAGACCGACCGGCGGACAUGGAGCUGCGGAGGUCCGCCUGACGACGUCCCGAUCCCGGAGAGGAAAUCCACAUUUGAUCCCGGAUUACAGCCGCUGGGAUUCCCGCCGGUGACGGAGCGGAGGCGGCGGAACACGGCGGCGGCUCUGCGGCUCCAGACGUCGGGAAUGUUUUCCCAGAGCUAACGGGCUAGCUGCUGCUAGCAGGAAGCGGAGGGAGCAGCCUGAGUCAGAGCGGCGGGGGGAGGAGCCACCCAACCCGGCCGGGAUGUCGGCCCAGGAGCGGCUGAGGAGGCUGGAGGAGCUCCUGCUGGAGCGGAAGGAGGAGCGGAGCCUGAGCGUGGAGGCGCUGCUGGACCUCCUGCUCGGCCUCUGCUCCGAAUGCUCCAACUCCCCCCUGAAGAGGGAGAAGCACAUCAGCGACUUCCUCAACUGGGGUAAGAACCGGACCGGACCGGACCGGAUGCGUCAGUCCAGGGACCGGACCCGAUCAUCAGAACCACAGACUGGAGGUUCUGGUUCUGGUUCUGGGAGGAGGUGGUUCUGGUCCUGGCUGGUGGAUGUGGGUCGGGGUCCAUCUGGAGCGGCCCGCCUGGCCUGGUUCCGUCUGGCCCAGUUUCUCAGCUGUCCUCAUUUCAGUGACCUGGAUCCAGGAGCUGCUGAUUUCCAUCCGCAUCGGAUCCAAGCAGAACCAGAACCAGAACCAGACAUCAGGGUCCAUCGGGUCCCCAUGUCCUCCAGCAGGAACAGGUUCUGUCCCGCUAUGGAGAGCGGUUCUGGUUUGGGCUUGACGGCGUGUUUCCGGGAGGAGCGGGACGUCCUGGUGAGAGGGGACAGCCAGUGGAUCACCACUCUGCACUACGCCUUUCAGGACGACAACUUCCUGUACCUGGUGAUGGACUACUACGUGGGCGGAGACCUGCUGACGCUGCUCAGUAAGUUUGAGGACCGUCUCCCUGAAGACAUGGCGCGCUUCUACGUAGCAGAGAUGGUUCUGGCCGUCCACUCCAUCCACCAACAGCACUACAUCCACAGAGACAUCAAACCAGACAACGUUCUGCUGGACGUCAACGGACACAUCCGACUCGCUGACUUUGGCUCCUGUCUGCGCAUGAUGGAGGACGGCACGGUCCAGUCCUCCGUUGCCGUGGGAACCCCUGACUACAUUUCCCCAGAGAUCCUGCAGGCCAUGGAGGACGGGAUGGGUCGCUAUGGUCCAGAGUGUGACUGGUGGUCUUUGGGGGUCUGCAUGUACGAGAUGCUGUACGGCGAGACGCCGUUCUACGCCGAGUCGCUGGUGGAGACCUACGGGAGGAUCAUGAACCACGAGGUCAGAACCGCCUGGAGCCAGUCCACCCAGGCCCUGCAGGCUCCGCCCAGAGGAGGAACCGUACAGAGGGACAAAGAGAUCAAGAAGCUGAACGAGGAGAUCGAGCGUCUGAAGAAGAAGCUGGCAGACUCUGAUAGGCUGGAGCACCAGCUGGAGGAGGCCGUCACGCUCAGACAGGACUACGAGAGCUCCGCCUCCAAACUGCAGACCCUGGAGAGACAGGUGAAGACCCUGAGACAGGAGAAGGAGGACGUCCACAAGCAGCUGGCCGACUCCUUGGAGCGUCUCAGGAGCCAGAGCAAGGAGCUGAAGGAGGCGCACUCCCAGAGGAAGCUGGCCCUGCAGGAGUUCUCAGAGCUGUCGGAGCGCAUGGCCGAGCUGCGCUCCUCCAAGCAGCGUCUGUCCCGUCAGCUCAGGGACAAGGAGGAGGAGAUGGACGCCCUCCUGCAGAAGAUGGACGCCCUGAGGCUGGAGAUCCGCAAGACGGAGAAGAAUCGGAAGGAGCUGGAGGCUCAGCUGGACGAGGCCAAGGCGGAGUCAUCAAAGGAGAGGAAGCUGCGGGAAAACGGCGAGGUUUACUCCAAACAGCUGGAGGCGGAGCUACGCAGCCUUAAGUCCCAGCAGGGUCGAGGGGCGGCAGGCGGAGGAGGGGCGGAGUCUCAGCAGGAGCUGUCCCGUCUGAAGGCGGAGCUGGACAAGAAGGUUCUGUUCUACGAGGAGGAGCUGCUGAGGAAGGACUCCGCCCACUCCGGCGAGAUCAAGACUCUGCGCAAAGACCUGCAGGAGUCCGAGGGGGCGCGGCUCGCCGCCAACAAGGAGCUGCUGCAGCUCCGAGACAAGCUGGACAAAGCCAACAGGGACAGGCAGAACGAGAUGGACGAGGCCGUGGCGGCUCUGAAGGAGAAACACGAGCGCGAGAAGAACAUGCUGACCGAGGAGAACCGCAAGCUGACGGCGGAGACGGACAAGCUGUGUUCCUUCGUGGACAACCUGACGGCCCAGAACCGGCAGCUGGAGGACGACCUGCAGGACCUGUCCUCCAAGAAGGAGAGCGUGUCCCACUGGGAGGCCCAGAUCGCAGAGAUCAUCCAGUGGGUCAGCGACGAGAAGGACGCCCGCGGCUACCUGCAGGCCUUGGCCACCAAGAUGACGGAGGAGCUGGAGACGCUCCGCAGCUCCAGCCUGGGGAGCAGACCUCAGGACCCCCUGUGGAAGGUGCGUCGAAGCCAGAAGCUGGACAUGUCGGCUCGUCUGGAGCUGCAGUCGGCUCUGGACGCCGAACUGAAAGCCAAGCAGAUGGUCCAGGAGGAGCUGCGCCGAUUCAAGGCCGCCAACAUCAACCUGGAGAGUAAGCUGAAGGAGUCUGAGGAGAAGAGGAGAGAGGCGGUGGAGCAGGUGGAGAGUCUGAGGAGGGAGAUGGAGGAGAGUCGCUCCCGUUCUGCUAAAGGUCUGAAGCUUCCGGACUUCCAGGACUCCAUCUUUGAUUACUUCAACACGUCUCCUCUGGCUCCAGACCUCAGCUUUAAGACUGCAGACUUAGACUCCGCCCCCCUGAAGCCAGACACGGCGCCCUCCUCGCCGUGCUCCGUCUCUGAGAAUGAGGAAGUGAAGGCAGCAUCGCUCCCUGACAGCCCCUCCCCCACCUACCAGAGCUCGCCUGCACCCAAGCCCAAAGCUCACCAGCUGAGCAUCAGAACCUUCUCCAGCCCCACCCUCUGCUCUCACUGCACCUCCCUGAUGGUGGGCCUGAGCCGCCAGGGCUACGCCUGCGAAGUCUGCUCCUUCAUAUGCCAUGUCGCCUGUAAAGACCACGCCCCCCUAAUCUGUCCGAUCCCAGCGGAGCAGGCCAAGAGGCCGCAGGGCAUCGACGUCCAGAGGGGCAUCGGCACGGCGUACAAGGGUUACGUCAAGAUCCCCAAGCCCAGCGGCGUGAAGAAGGGCUGGCAGCGAGCGUUCGCCGUGGCCUCCGACUGUAAACUGUUUCUCUACGACAUUCCAGAGGGGAAGUCCACCCAGCCGGGCGUGGCGGCCAGUCUGGUUCUGGACCUCAGGGAUGAAGAUCUGUCCGUCAGCUCCGUGUUGGCGUCCGACGUCAUCCAUGCCACCAGGAAGGACAUCCCGUGCAUCUUCAAGGUGACGUCGUCUCAGCUGAUUUCGCAGCUCUCCUCCGUGUCCCUGCUGGUUCUGGCAGAGAGCGAGGCAGAGAAGAAGAAAUGGGUCCGGAUCCUGGAGAGCCUGCAGAACAUCCUGACCAAGAACCAGGUGAAGAGUCAGCAGGUCCACCUGCUGCACGAAGCGUACGACGCCUCGCUGCCCCUCAUUAAGGCGGCGCUGUGCGCCACCGUACUCGACAGGGAGCGGAUCGCUAUGGGAACGGAGGACGGACUGUUUGUGGUGGAGGUCACCAGAGACGUCAUCGUCAGAGCCUCAGACAGUAAGAAGGUUUAUCAGAUCGAGCUAAUUCCCAACGAGAAGAUCGUCGCUCUGCUCUGUGGCCGAAACCGCCAGGUCCACCUUCACCCCUGGGGGGUUCUGGACGGAGCCGAGUCCUCCUUCGACACCAAGCUGGCAGAGACCAAGAACUGCCAGGUUCUGACCACAGGGGUGCUGCGACCCGGAGGUCCUGCUUGCCUGCUGGCUGCCGCCAAACGUCAGGUCCAGUGCUAUGAGAUCACCCGGGCCAAGCCGUACCAUAAGAAGCUGUGGGAGGUGCAGGCUCCAGGCACGGUCCAGUGGCUAGGCAUGCUGCGGGACCGGCUGUGUGUGGGCUACCCGUCAGGCUUCGCCCUGCUGGCCCUGCAGGGGGAGUCGUCCCCCAUCAGCCUGGUGAACCCGGGCGACCCGUCUCUGGCCUUCCUGUCCCAGCAGCCCAUGGACGCCCUGCACGCCCUGGAGGUGGGCUCCAGCGAGGUCCUGCUCUGCUUCAGCCAGCUGGGAGUCUACGUGGACGGACAGGGCCGGCGCUCCCGGGACCAAGAGCUGAUGUGGCCCGCCACGCCGCUGGCCUGCUGUUCCAACUCGUUCCACCUGACGGUCUACAGCGAGUACGGCGUGGACGUGUUCGACAUCCACAGCAGCCAGUGGGUCCAGACCAUCUGUCUCCGCAAGUUCCGCCCGCUGAAUGUUGAGGGAACGCUGAACCUGCUGAGCUCAGAACCUCCUCGCCUGGUCUACUUCAGCAACACCUCCUCAGAGGGAGACCUCACCAUCCCACAGACGUCUGACCACAGCAGGAAGCUGAUGGUUCGAACCCGCAGCAAAAGGAAGUUCCUCUUCAAGGUUCCUGAGGAGGAGCGGCUCCAGCAGAGGAGGGAGAUGCUGAAGGACCCGGAGCUGCGGUCCAGGAUGAUCUCCAAUCCCACCAACUUCAACCACGUGGCCCACAUGGGACCAGGAGACGGCAUGCAGGUCCUGAUGGACCUCCCCCUGAGUGUGAUGCCCCCCCCUCAGGACGACCCCAUUAGGGAUAAGCCCCGCCCACUCUCCAGUAUCUCCCGGCAACACAGAAGCAAGUCGCACAUCACUCGCACGGCUUCAGAUUUCAGUGGAGGAGCUUCGAGCCGCAGCACCGGCGACCUGGACCAGGAUCCGGACCGGGAGCCGGACUCGGACUCCACCAAACACUCGACGCCCUCCAACAGCUCCAACCCCAGCAGCCCCCCCAGCCCAAACUCCCCCCACCGCAGCCAGCUGACCCUGGACAGUUUGGACUUGGAGCCCUGAGCCCCGCCCCCACACCGCUUUAGGCCCCGCCCCCCGCAGCGUUUGAGACUGUUUUUACCUUUGGGUUUUAUGAUGGUGGAGUGAUUCUGCUGCUUUUAAUUGGAUGCUGGGAAGCCCCGCCCCUUCCUGGUUUUAGCGCUCGCUGAGGGACCAGUCACUUCCUGUUCUUCCUCCCCUCUCGCCGUUUAGCUUCGGCGUGGGUUAGCGGCGGGAGGUCUCACUCUGAGGGAAAAACACUGUAUUAAUUAUUUUAACGUUUUGUUAAACUUGCACAUCAUCAUCAUCAUUGUUGUUAUUGUAGAAAAUAAUCUUUUAUUUGUGAUGAUCUUUAUCCCCCCCCCCUCCAUCUCUAAUCUGACUCCGCCCCCUGCUCCAGGUCGGACGGGGGCGGAGUCACAUCUGGGCACUACUGCUUUUAUUCUUCCAGAAUCAGUUACAGAUGUUUGUAAUUAUGAAAUGUUUAGCAGCCAAAAACCACAAUAAACGAAGCAGAGGACAGACUGAGUGUCA